UAUGGCGCACGUCGCGUUGGUCGUAGGCGCCGCCGGCAAUCUAGGCUACCAAGUAUUAAAAAAACUAAUCGACGUAUACGACGGAAAGAUCUACUUCACGACCGAAGAAGAAACAAACGGCUACAACAUCUUAAAGUCACUGAAGAGAAAUGGCAAGCAGUUACAGCACAUACAAAUGGACAUCACAUAUACGAAGACUAUCAUAAAGUUGAGGCAUUACAUCCAAGAUGAAGAUGAGAGGAUAGAUUUGUUGAUAAACGUCACAGAUUAUGUGCCGCCGAAGAAUUUGUCGCACGCUGACAAGGUUAGAAGAACGUUAAGCGUAAAUUUUUACGGUUACAUCAACUUCGGGAAGCUGGUUUACCCUAUUUUAUCUGAAAAUGCGAGGGUUGUUAACGUGUCUGGACCAGCUGGGCUUCUAGCAACUAUUGAGAAUGAAAGUAUUAGACAGAGGAUAAGUGAUUCUUCAGUGUCAGAAGACGAAUUGGUUGCAGUGCUUCAGGAGUACGAAGCAGCGGCCAGAAGAGGCGAAGACAAGACUUUGGGUUGGGGCUUGAAUGUCCACGCUGUUAGUAAAGUGGCCCUUAAUGCAGUGACAUUUUUGCAGCAUAGGGAGUGGAGUGACAAAGGUGUUGUGAUCAACUGUGUGAACCCCGGCAGUCUAGCUGGUCGCGAAGACAGAAAGUCGUCCAAGGCUUUCGAGGAUGGUGCUAAAGCAAUUUUGUACCUUGCCUUGGAAGCGCCGUUGUCCUUAAAGGGGAAUUUUGUCUGGAGUAACUAUUCAGUGAUAGAGUGGAACUGUGACCCGUAUUUAGAAGUUUCAACAGUGUAAAUUAUAAAAAAGUGUUUGUUUUUACUUGAUAGUUGUUGGUAUGA